AUGGACGGCCCGAGAGGUGUCGCGCCGGGGCGCGGGCGCGGGCGUGGGCGUGGGCAAGGGCGGAAGGUGCCGCCCGAAUGGACCGGCGAUUCCGGGUCCGGGCAGGGCGCCGGCCCCGACGGCUCGUGGAGUUACAGCUGGGGCCCGGAGGUGGCUGGGGCUACGGCCACGGCUCGGCGCAGGGCCCCCGCAGCGCUGCAGACGGCGCCGCGCACGGGUUUGCCUUCGGCAGCGGUAGUGGAGGAAGCGGGCGUGGAGGGUUACGAGUUCGGCUUCGGCGGUCACGCUGGCGGUUUCGGCUGGGGGGCCGGCGGCGGGUCGUUUGGGGCUGGAGGAGGCCACGGCAGCUGGAGCGCGCGCGGUGGGCUCGGCGGCGGCGGCGGAAGGCAGCGGCCACCGCGAGGAGGCCGCGGUCGUGGCAGCAACUGA